AUGUCGAGACCUUGCGCAAAUACUUUGUCUUUCUUCGUUUCCGCAACAGCGCAGCAUACCGCCAGAUGUGUCACCCUUGAGAAGUCGGGCUACGAGGAGCCCAAAGACGGACAAAUCUUCAAUGCUUAUAGAACCCUCAUCGCCCAGCUCCGCAAGCGAUUCAUUUUGCGUGGAUUCAUCGACUUUUUGGAGCAUUCUUGGGCAGAUGGGGUGAUACGGUCGCGUUCAGACCAACGGUUGCCUAUAGGGUGGUCUGUGGAUACUUUUCAAGACGUAAUGAACCUGUAUUGCUGGCGCUUAUGCGAAGCAGAGGUCUGCGUUGGCAUUGCUUGCGAGGACCAGGAGUUCAUUCUUGCAGAUUGCUGUUUCGGUAGUUUGGAUGAGGGAUUCGACGAGGAUCCGGAAUGCUGUGAUCUCUUUUUCCCCGUCUUCCCGACUCUUGCUCUUUACAUUCUCGGCACGGCAAACGAACAGUGUUCAUCAACCUCCACCCAUCGCCAGACUGGCCGAUCAACGAUCUGGAUAGACGUUGGCUUGGAAUCUGCGUCAGACGUCCAUCUCCGAAAUACCAUGAUCCUCCAAACUUACCCACACUUCCUCUACUUCUCUUCCCUCCGGACCGUUGCACUUUCCAUAUCAUCGUACGACGAGUUCAGGUGGAUCCAAGAGCAUCAGGACUAUAGGUCUGUGAUCUUGACUGAUCUUACCGAUGAAGUUGUGAAGGGAGAUGCGGCUGUCGCUCAUGGAACGUUCUCUGACGUAUGGAAAGGUACUUGGAACGAUCCGAUUGAGAGACGCCCACGGCCGGUUGCCAUCAAGGUCCUGCGUCAAGUCAUGGUACAAAAUGUUCGAGAGAAGCUCAUCAAGCGACUUCAAUCGGAGGUUAUUGCUUGGCACCGUCUAUGUCAUCGCAACGUGUCCCAGCUUUUUGGGAUAGUACAUCUCUCACAGAGCAUUGGCAUGGUCUCGCCUUGGUGCGAACAUGGGACGCUUUGCAACUAUCUGGAGCAUUUCCCGAGCGUGAAUCGAUUAAGACUUCUCGCCCAGGUGGCUUCUGCCAUUGCCUAUCUCCAUACAUUCAGGCCUACCAUUGUCCAUGGGGACUUGAAAGGAGGAAACAUUCUGGUCGAUGAGCGUGGAUAUGCGAUCAUCACCGACUUUGGGCUCUCCAAGGUCAUCGAGGAAAUGUCCGAGACCAUCAGCAAGGGAACAUCUUUCUUUGCCGGGUCAACCAGGUGGAUGGCGCCAGAGCUUAUUAUGGCACUGGUGGAAGACGAUGGGCAAAUUCCUCCCAUUACAACGUUUAGUGAUGUGUACGCAUUUGCUUCGGUGUGCCUUAAGGUAGCAACUGGACAGCUUCCCUAUCCUCACAGAACAAACGACCAUGCUGUAACCGUGGAUAUCAUUCGAGGAGUCAAACCUACCAGGGGAGCAUGUUGCCUGGUCCAAGUCAAGAACGUGGAUGUCUUUUGGGAUACUAUACUCUGGAUCGCUGUUGGGACUCCAUUGAUUACCUCCGCCCUAGCAUGCGUGAGAUGCUCACGCUACUGGAUGAAAUGGAUCCAGAGCGAUGAUCUGCUCCCCCAUCGUCCCUGCUCUACAGUGAGUUGA